UCCUUCAUUAUAUAUAGUGAAGUGAAGCAAGAUUUCAGCACCUCUCAAUUCAAUAGUCAUAGCUCCCUUUAAGCUCUCCCCAAAAGUUUCCUUUUCUCCACACGCCAAAAAAAGAAGCUCUUAAAUUUUGUUGUUAUCAUAAAGAUCAUGGAUAACAUCCCGUCCCAGCAUCCAUACAUCCAAGCUGCAAGUCAGUUCAGCCAAUUGGCCCAAUUCUGCUACCAUCCCAACAAAGCCAUUAGACUCUUACUCUCAGUCUCAGCCUUAACUAUCUUAUUUUCUAGCUUUUCAUUACUCCCUUUCCUUCUCCACUCCUUUCAUGCCUACACCAUUUCUACUUUACCCAUAAAACUCUCUGGCUACACAAUUGACAAGAACUACGUGUUCCUACUUUGCAAUGGACUCCUAGUUUUUAUAGUCAAGAAUUCCGGUCUGGUUGGGAACUCUCAUUCUCAAUCAGGGGAUAAUCUUUAUCUUAAUGAAGAACAUGGCAUCAAAAAAGGACAUUGGCAGCAAUCAGUACCUGAACAAUCAGAGAAUAAGGCAUUGGAUUUGGAUGAAAGUAAAAUUGUAGUUAUGGAGGUUGAAGAGGAACAAGUAAUAGCAAAUGGGUCUUUGUCAUUGACUACAGUAGGAGGAGGAGGAGAAAAUGAGCUUUUGACUAUGCAAGAUGAAGAAGAAGAAGAAGAAGAUGGAUUUGGGCUACUGAGUACGGAAGAGCUAAACAAAAGAUGUGAUGAUUUUAUAAGAAAGAUGAAAGAAGAAAUCAAAUUUGGAGCCAAACAAUUGAUCAUAGUUUAGUUUUGGCAAUCAAAAGCCACACUGUGCUAGUCAAUCACCCUGUUGGUGUAAGAUGUCUGUGACUCGUAAUUUAGUUUUCCUUUUUCUGGAGGGUCUCUCUAUGACUUGUAAUUUCUUCUUUACAUGUCUCUAGAUUAUGAGUAGAGUUUUACU